AUGGAUUGCCAUGAAAUAUACAAGGAGGUUCACGAGACAAGGUCUCAUGCUCGUGCGUCUGGUGAGGAAGAAAAGGUGAUGACAAGGAAGCAGAAGGCAGAGAGCAAAGAACAUGAAGCAGAGCAAUCUCCAUAGAAGCCCAAGUCUGAAAAUGAAAACGGCCAGCCUAAUGGAAAAGAUGCGGCCGAGAUAGCUGCCGAGUUUGAAGAAUUCUGUAAAGCCAUUAAAGAGCAUCUCUCUAUCCAACAAAUGCGUGAAAUACUGGAAGCUAAUGGUGAAGACUCCUCCGGCCCUGAUAGUGCUAUUGUCUCUAAAUGCCAAGAUUUGCUGUUUUAUGGGGUGUUGGAGAAAUGCCCAGUUUGCAAUGGCAAUUUGGAGUACACGGGUAUACGCUAUUAUUGCAGAGGAUUUUAUAGUGAGUGGUCUUCUUGCACCUUCAACACCAAGGAUCCUCCAAGGAAACAAGAACCAAUCAAAUUACCAGAUUUUGUUCUCAAUCCUAUUUCAGAUUUACUUUCAUUUCCUCAAAUCUUGUCUAUUUUACUAAAGAAGUAUCAGGAUCCAAGUCGCCGGCCUCACAGGGAUUUAGUCACCACAGAUAAUCCUUUUACAGGAAUGAUGAUCUCUCUGAUGGGCCGUCUUUCUCGAACACAUGAUUAUUGGAGAAAAGAGAUUGAAAAACAUGGAUGGAAAGUUGCCAACUCAGUCAUUGGUGCGACUUGUCUGGUUGUUUCUCCAGCUGAGAGAGAGCGUGGUGGCACGUCUAAACUUGUGGAAGCAAUGGAGAGAGGCGUUCGUGUAGUGAGUGAAGCUUGGUUGGCAGAUAGUAUUCAGAAAAAAGAAGCCCAACCCUUUGAAGCUUAUGAUGUUGUCAGUGAUCUCUCGGUAGAUGGGAAAGGAAUUCCAUGGGAUAAACAAGAUCCUAGUGACGAGGCACUUGAAUCACUCUCAGCAGAACUAAAGCUUUAUGGUAAGAGAGGAGUAUACAAGGAUUCCAAAUUGCAGGAGCAAGGCGGAGAGAUAUUCGAAAAAGAUGGGAUACUGUAUAAUUGUGCCUUUUCUCUUUGCGACUUUGGGCGUGGACUGAAUGACUAUUGUGUGAUGCAACUGAUCACAGUGCCAGAGCGUGGCUUGCAUUUGUACUAUAAGAAAGGUAGAGUGGGUGAUGAUCCAAAUGCAGAGGAGCGGCUCAAACAGUGGGAAGAUGUGGAAAAUGCUGUGAAAGAGUUUGUGAGGCUCUCUGAGGAAAUAACUGGAAAUGAAUUUGAGCCCUGGGAAAGAGAUAAGAAUUUCCAGAAGAAGCCACUGAAAUUUUUUCCAAUAGACAUGGAUGAUGAUGAAGUGAGACAUGGAGGUCUUGCACUUUGGCAGCUAGGAGUUGCAGUCACACACUGCAAACUUGAGCCUUUGGUUGCCAAUUUCAUUAAGGUUUUGUGCAGUCAGGAGAUAUACAAGUAUGCUCUGAUGGAGAUCGGACAUGACCCCCCAGACCUACCAAUAAGGAUGGUCACUGAUUUUCACUUGAAACAAUGUGAGGAGGUUCUCCUAGAGUUCAUUGAAAAGGUGAAAUCAAUGAAAGAGACUGGGCUGAAGGCUGAGGCUAUUUGGUCAGAUUUUAGCCAAAGAUGGUUUACUCUUAUGCACUCCACUAGACCUUUCAUCUUUCGGGACUUCAAGUUUCAAGAACUUGCCGAUGAUGCUGCAGCUGCACUAGAAAAUGUUUGAGACAUAACUGUGGCUUCACACCUUAUAGAAGACAUGAGUGGCUCGACCAUUGAUGAUCCAUUGUCUGAUCGAUACAAGAAACUGGGAUGCUCAAUUUCGCCACUUGAUAAAGAUUCUGAUGACUACAAAAUGAUCCUGAACUAUCUGCAGAAAACUUAUGAACCUGUCAAAGUUGGAGAUAUUUGUGGUGUGUCCAUUGAUAACAUAUUUGCUGUGGAAACAAAUGUGCACCCUUCUUAUGAUGAAAUAAAGAAGUUACCAAACAAAGUCCUUUUAUGGUGUGGCACCCGCACCUUAAAUUUAUUGAGGCACUUGCAUAAAGGAUUCUUGCCAUCAAUAUGUCAUCUUCCUGUCCCGGGUUACAUGUUUGGCAGGGCAAUACUUUGUUCUGAUGCUGCAGCAGAAGCUGCUAGAUAUGGAUUCACUGCAGUAGACAGGCCAGAAGGGUUCUUGGUCCUCGCAAUUGCUUCUCUAGGAGAUCAAAUUACUGAGCUAAAGAGUCCACCUGAGGUUACCAAGUCCUUGGAAGACAAGAAGUUUGGGGUGAAGGGGCUGGGUCGAAAGAAGACUGAUGAAUCAGAACACUUUGUUUGGAAAGAUGAUAUAAAAGUACCUUGUGGUCGCUUGGUUUCCUCAGAGCACAAUGAUAGCCCCCUUGAAUACAAUGAGUAUGCUACUUAUGAUCCUAAACAGGUGAGCAUAAGGUUCUUGGUGAGAGUGAAGUAUGAAGAGAAGGGUGUGGUGAUGGAGACUAAGGAGUGAAGAAUAGGAGAAGAGAAUUGCUGUUGAGAGCAAAGGGUCCUCUUUUGUUCUUUCAGUCUCUUUCUUUAGCUCACUCGCUCUUGUACCUGCUCUAACUUUUUGUAUGGAGAUGGAACCUUUGUAUCAGGCGGCUGAUGAUGUUGAUGUAUCUUUUGUUAUAUAUAAUCAUCAAUAACCCUCCCGUGUCUAUAAUC